CAGAAUACGAGCAGUUCCUCAAAGUGAUACAUCAUCUCUGCGGUCCUGAAGAUAGUUCGUAGUAGCUGACUCGAAGAAAGUUGACUAUCGCGACUUCGGCAACGUACAGCUACGGUCUGGCUCUCGCCAAAAUGUCCUUCGCCGUUCUCUACAUACGAAUGCUACCAGAUCGAAGACUCGUGGUGAUGAAUAGGGCCAUAAUUAUCCUCCUUUGCUGUCAGGCCAUCGAGGAGAGCCUCAUCCCAAUAUUUCAAUGUAAACCGAUUGCGAAAGCCUGGACCGUAGGUCUGGAAGGGAGUUGCCUUGACCUCCCGGUUCUAUGGUGGAGCGGCUUUGGAUUCAAUCUCUGCACCGACUUGAUCUUAUUCAUACAGCCAGUUCCUACGUUAUGGAAGUUGCAACUGCCGCUAGUGAAAAGACUUGGCCUCAUCGCCAUGUUGUCAUUGGGUUUAUUGGUUGUCGCUAUUUCUGUGAUUCGCAUGCACUCCGUUACCGAGAUGGGAAUUGACGACACACAUGAUCUUGCAACCCCAAUAUUGUGGUCUGAAGCAGAGAUCAGCACCUUGAUCGUUUGUUCAUGUGUGCCUUCCUUACGAAAGGUGGUCCAAAAGCUGCCAUGCUCAUAUCAACCAUUUGGUAUAGCUAGCAUCGACACGCCGCCACGGGCCAUCGAAACCAUUGGCCAAACGAGACGAGAACCACGACUCACAUCGAAGUAUGGCAGCGGUCAUGAAAGAUACUACUCUAUCCGGUCAGGUUCUACAGACAGGACCCUGACGUAUCCUUUGAGUGUAUUGAGUCGGCCUAUCAAAGCUUCGUCCGAGGCAAGAGAGGUACCGCAGGCGACGGCAAUAGCAUUGCCAAUCUACGAGAACUGGAACUGGAGCUAGACUGCGACAUGGAGCGCAGUGCGGGAGACACGGUUAACAUACCCGAAGAGACAUACUUUCCAAUAGGAAAUGGCAAUGAAAAAGUGAGAGGCGACGGCACAUAGACAUAGAAAUUAUACCAAGAGAUGAGUUAUCACCGUGUCGGGUCCGAUCCGAGUUCUUGCGUAGGUGUGAGAAGUGGAAGCCCG